GAUGUUGGUCCACUGGCACAAUUGAAAAUCGAAAUUCAGCCUCAAAGUUUUAGGUGGAAUCAAUCUUUUCCGUGGAAAACGCAGCGGCAAGAAAGGAACCUCCGCGGCUCCACCCACCGAGUACUCUAAUACAAGCAUUCAUUUCUUAGGAAAGAUCUAUACCACUCUCGCGUUAGUACUGUUACCAAAGCCGAAGAUGACGACCGACGCCGUUUCAUCCACGCCGACAGCUUCAACUCCGGCAGUCAGACGCCGGUGGGACGUGUUCCUCAGUUUCAGAGGCGAAGACACUCGCGGCACCUUCACCGACCGUCUCUACACCCGUCUUCAGCAUAAAGGCGUUCGAGCCUUUCGAGACAACGAAGGCUUGAACCGAGGUGAUAAGAUCGAUCGUUGUCUACUCGACGCCAUCGAGGACUCUGCGGCUUUCAUUGCUAUUAUUUCACCCAAUUACGCUAACUCUCGUUGGUGCCUGGAAGAACUCGCCAAGGUCUGCGAGUGCAACCGGCUCAUUCUUCCCGUUUUCUACAACGUGGACCCUUCGCACGUCCGGGGACAGAGGGGGCCUUUCCUUCAACAUUUUAAAGACCUGGAGGCACGGUUUGAUGAAGAGGAUGUUUCGAAAUGGAGAAAAGCUAUGAAAUAUGUUGGCGGACUCGCCGGUUUUGUUGUCAAUGGGUUUGGCGACGAAGCAGAUGUGAUUCAAACUUUGUUGAAUAAUGUUUUGGCUGAAUUGAGCAAGUGGAGCGGUGUGGCUGCCUUUACUGUUGGACUCGAUUCUCGUGUAGAAGAAGUGUUGGAGUUGUUAGACCUUAAAUCCAACAGCAUCAGAGUCUUAGGACUUUAUGGACCAGGUGGGGUUGGUAAAUCAACCCUUGCCAAGGCUCUUUAUAAUAAACUUGUCGCCCACUUUGAAAACCGCAGUUUCAUUUCAAAUGUCAAAAAAUAUUUGGCACAAGAAAAUGGUCUGCUAUCUCUCCAAAUCAAACUCAUUGGGGAUCUUUCCGGUAUGGCUUCACAUGUAAAUGAAGUUAAUGCUGGUCUUGUUGCCAUCAAAAGCAUAGUCCAAGAGAAGCGAGUACUUAUUAUAUUAGACGAUGUUGAUGAUGCAAGCCAACUCACGGCAAUUGCUGGCAGGAAAAAAUGGAGAAAAUGGUUUUAUGAAGGAAGUAGAAUCAUUAUCACUACUAGAGAUAGAGAGGUUCUGCAUGAGCUUCAUGAGAACGAGCUCUAUGAGGUGAAACAGUUGAAUUCCCCUGAGUCGCUACAACUUUUUAGUCACUAUGCAUUAGGGAGAGUGAAACCCACCCCAGACUUCCUUCCUCUGUCCAAACAAAUUGUAUCUCUUACAGGAGGACUGCCCUUGGCUCUGGAAGUAUUUGGUUCUUCUUUGUAUGAUAAGAGGAAAAUAGAGGAAUGGGAAGAUGCUCUGCAAAAGUUAAAAUGGAUAAGGCCCAUGGAUCUUCAGGGUGUCUUAAAGAUAAGUUAUGACGGGCUGGAUGAACAGGAGAAGUGUAUAUUCCUUGAUAUUGCAUGUUUGUUUAUUAAAAUGGGAAUGAAGAAAGAAGAUGCCAUUGAUAUAUUGAAGGGUUGUGGUUUCCGGGCUGAGAUAGGAAUAAAGGUACUUGUUGACAAAUCUCUCCUUAAGAUUGCAGAGGACUAUACUUUGUGGAUGCAUGACCAGCUUAGAGACAUGGGAAGACAAAUCGUUCUCCAUGAAAACCAUGAAGAUCUUGGAAUGCGUAGCAGGCUGUGGGAUCGCAGUGAGAUUUUGCGUGUCUUGCAGAAUAACUUGGGAUCAAGAUGUAUUCAAGGUAUGGUCCUAGAUUUUGUAAGUGAUAUCUUUAUGAAGGAUUCUGCUGCUGCUUGGGGUCGCUUUAGAGGAACACCCAAUUUCACCACAGCAGUUACAUGGCUAAAGGAAACAUAUAAGGAAUAUUUUCAACAUGCAGCAGAGAAAGAGAGGGAAUUGAUACUUCAAACUAAGUCAUUUGAAUCCAUGAUUAACCUAAGGCUGCUUCAAAUCGAUAAUGUACAAUUAGAAGGAGAAUUCAAACUCAUGCCUGCAGAACUGAAGUGGCUACAAUGGAGAGGAUGCCCUUUGAAAACUCUUCCUUCUGAUUUCUGCCCUCAAGGACUUAGGGUCCUAGAUCUUUCCGAAAGCAAGAAUAUUGAGCGACUGUGGGGCGGCAGAUGGUGGAGGUGGCACAAUAACAAGGUGGGUGAGAACUUGAUGGUCAUGAAUCUCCAUGGUUGCUGUAAUUUAACUGCCAUUCCAGAUUUAUCUGGAAAUCAAGCCUUGGAAAAGUUGAUUCUUCAGCACUGCCAUGGCCUAGUUAAGAUUCAUAAGUCAAUCGGGGACGUCAUUAGUUUACUUCAUUUGGACCUGAGCGAAUGUAACAACCUUGUUGAAUUUCCAAGUGAUGUCUCUGGGCUGAAAAAUCUCCAUACCCUUAUCCUCUCUGGUUGCUCCAAACUGAAGGAAUUACCAGAGAACAUAAGCUACAUGAAAUCUUUAAGAGAACUCCUUCUUGAUGGAACUGUUAUAGAGAAGCUACCUGAAUCUGUACUCCGUCUCACAAGACUUGAAAGGCUUAGUCUAAAUAAUUGCCAGUCAUUAAAGCAAUUACCUACAUGCAUAGGCAAGCUGGAAUCCCUUAGAGAACUUUCAUUUAAUGAUUCUGCUUUAGAAGCAAUACCUGAUUCCUUCGGAUCUUUGACAAACCUUGAGAGACUAAGUUUGAUGAGGUGUCAAUCCAUCUAUGCAAUUCCUGAUUCUGUCGGCAAUCUCAAAUUGUUGACAGAAUUUUUAAUGAAUGGUAGCCCAGUCAAUGAAUUGCCUGCUUCUAUCGGUUCAUUAUCCAAUCUGAAGGACUUAUCAGUUGGUCAUUGUAGAUUUCUGAGCAAAUUGCCUGCUUCAAUUGAAGGAUUAGCUUCAAUGGUUGAGCUUCAGUUGGAUGGGACAUCAAUCAUGGACCUACCAGAUCAGAUUGGUGGAUUGAAAACACUUAGGAGGCUUGAGAUGAGGUUCUGUAAACGUCUUGAAUCAUUGCCAGAAGCAAUUGGAAGCAUGGGGUCUCUUAAUACUUUGAUCAUUGUGGAUGCCCCCAUGACUGAGUUGCCAGAAUCCAUAGGGGAGUUAGAAAAUCUCAUCAUGUUAAAUUUGAACAAGUGUAAACGGCUACGCAGAUUGCCAGAUUCAAUCGGGAAUUUGAAGUCAUUGCAUCACUUGAAAAUGGAGGAAACUGCUGUUAGGCAACUACCUGAAAGUUUUGGGAAGCUCACAAGCUUAAUGAGAUUGUUAAUGGCAAAGCGGCCUCAUCUUGAGCUGCCCCAAGCCCUUGGACCAACAGAGACAAAAGUCCUUGGUGCAGAAGAGAAUUCGGAGCCCAUUGUACUUCCAACUUCUUUCUCAAAUCUCUCCUUGUUGUAUGAAUUGGAUGCUCGCGCUUGGAAAAUAUCUGGUAAAAUUCCUGAUGAUUUUGAUAAGCUGUCAUCGUUGGAGAUUUUGAAUCUUGGUCGUAAUAACUUCAGCAGUCUUCCGUCUAGUCUGAGGGGCCUUUCCAUUCUCAGAAAGCUUCUUUUGCCCCAUUGUGAAGAGCUCAAGGCUCUCCCUCCACUUCCCUCAAGUUUGAUGGAGGUGAAUGCUGCAAACUGUUAUGCUUUGGAAGUUAUAUCUGAUCUGUCAAACUUGGAGAGUUUACAAGAGCUGAAUCUUACAAACUGUAAGAAAUUAGUGGAUAUUCCAGGCGUUGAAUGCUUGAAGUCAUUGAAAGGUUUCUUUAUGAGUGGUUGCAGUUCAUGCUCUUCCACGGUAAAGAGAAGACUCAGUAAGGUUGCUUUGAAGAAUUUGCGCACUUUAAGUAUUCCUGGAAGCAAUAUCCCAGACUGGUUUUCUCGCAAUGUUGCCAUUUUCUCAAAGCGCAAAAACCUUGUAAUCAAAGCUGUGAUUAUAGGAGUUGUGGUCUCUCUCAACCAUCACAUACAGGACGAAUUAAGAGAUCAACUUCCCUCAGUCCCAGGCAUCGAAGCGAAGAUCCUUAGAAUGAACAGACAGAUAUUCGGCACCAUGCUGGACUUAACAGGAGUACCAAAGACGGAUGAAGAUCAUCUAUACUUGUGUAGAUAUCGUGAGUUUCACCCCAUAGUCUCUAUGCUGAAAGAUGGCGAUAAGAUACAGGUGACAAUGAGAAAUCCACCGAUGGUUAAAGGGGUAGAGCUGAAGAAAUCUGGGAUUCAUCUGAUUUUCGAAAAUGAUGAUGAUUACGAUGAAGAUGAGAGAUCAUUUGAUGAAAACCUACAAACUGUAUCAGAAAAAAUAGCAAGAUUUUUUGGUCCUUCUGAAGGAGGUAAUAGCAUCUCUGACUCCAUAGAUGAGGUCGAACAAGAAAAGCAGGAAAUGGGAAUGAAAGAGGAAUGGAAGGAAGAGAAGAAGGGCUGUGAUGGUAGCCAUAGAAGUUCAUUUCUUCUUUUCUUCUUCAUUGCCCUUCCUUCCUUCUUUCUGUUGUUGAGUUGGUCGUGGACACGCGGCUAGUGUUGGUUUUCUUUCAAGUGCCUUGUUGGGUUCCCCACGUUUCCUAGACUGCUUGUCAGUGUAAAUUAUUUAUAAUAUUUUAUCACAUUAAUUUUCAUACUAAAA